AUGCGGCACGACGACGCAGCGGUGCCAAUUUUCGACCUGGACAAAAGCAACGACGGAGCAGCUGCCUGGUGCGAAAGCUUCGAUAAGUUGGGAGACGAGUUAAAAUGGAGCAGCUUUGAGAAGGUUGCAAAAGCCGGUAAAGCCCUUCGGGGCUCUGCAUUAUCCUGGUUUGACACGUGGGAGCCUGAGACAGGCGUUGAAGACGCCGACCACCCUGAGCUAAACCUUAUAGCUAACACGAAGGACCUCUGGAUUGCUUCAGGGCAGAGUCCCACAACACCUGAGUCCAUGCUGGAGCCCGAGCUUAUACCGGAACCUGAGCCCACACUGAAGCCAGAGUCUAGACCAGAGACCAGGGCUGAGAAACCAUUAGAGCCACUGGCUUUAGAGGCAACUUCGACGGAACAAAACACGAACGGUGCAUCAUCUGAACCAGAAUUGGACCCUGAACUUUUAGAAGCCCUUGGAGUAUCUCGUUGGUAA